GUACACAUACGCUCCAAAAAAUAAUCGGAUGCAUGUAAAAUAGAGGGGCAGCAUCGACAUGUCGGCCACGGUUCCCUUAAGUAAUUAUUAUGUAGAUUCCUUGAUAAAUCACGAAAGCGAGGAUGUUAUUGCGGCUCGAUUCUCGGGUUCUGGUUCGCACCCUACCGGCCCUCGUCCGACGUCCCUCGUAUCGGAGCGUGGUGACUAUCCCUCCUGCAGCUUUGCCUCUAAACCAUCCGUUUUCACUACAUCCUGGACCCCUGUUCACUCCCAGCCCUCAGUGGUCUACCAUCCAUACAGCCAUCAACCUCAUCUAGGAACGGACUCAAGGUAUGUGCGGUCAUGGCUGGAGCCGAUCUCGGGGGCAAUGUCCUUUCCAGGCUACCCUGCCAACGCCAGACACUAUGGGCUGAAGCCCGACGCCUUCCAGGAGCAUCGAGCCAGUGACUGCCUCGCCUCCAACGGACGCACCUACACGGAUUAUAUAUAUUGCACCACCGCUGACAUCCGAGAAAAGACCCAACCAAACAUCCCUUCUCCCGAGACCGAGCCUUUGGCUUUCGGGAAGCAUAAAGACGAGAAACCAGAAUUAGACCCGAAUAACCCAGUUGCAAACUGGAUUCACGCGCGUUCAACAAGGAAGAAGCGGUGCCCUUAUUCAAAAUACCAGACUCUCGAACUUGAAAAGGAGUUUUUGUUCAAUAUGUACCUAACCAGAGACCGUCGAUACGAGGUGGCAAGAGUCCUCAACCUCACGGAGAGGCAGGUCAAAAUCUGGUUCCAGAACCGGCGCAUGAAGAUGAAGAAAAUGAACAAGGAAAAAACCGACCGCAACAAAGAACAAUAAUAAAGGAAUGGUUACAACAACGACAAAGAACAAUAAUAAAGGAAUGGUUACAACAACGACAAAGAACAAUAAUAAAGGAAUGGUUACAACAACGACAAAGAACAAUAACAAGAAUCAGACACAGUAAAAUAACCACUAUUGCCAUGGAUAACAACAAAGAUAAACCAAAAUAUAUGAUGCCCCCUUCUUAAUGUUGGAUGUUGUUUGUGUUUUUUUAUUAACUCCACCCUCCAUGUUUGAUGCUAAAUAUUUUUUUUUCUCCACAUGCACCUUUCCUUGUCUAGGUUUAAAAUAGCCUUUAAGGGAAAGAAAACAUUUGCACUUGUGAAGAUACCUGUAGGCCUCUAUGUUUAUUUACAUAAGGAACAUUUGAAACAUUAAACAUAUUUUGAACAAAUGUAUAACUGUCCCAAAGUAUAAGGAAUGGAACACUGGAAUUAUUUUAAUUUCUACCCUCCAUAAUUUAUGACGUCCGUGCGAAUAUUCCUGACGUGUUUGUUUCUUGUGAAUGUCAUGCAGGUGUUGUGGCCAUAUUCUGUACAGAAAGAGAACAUCUGCCCUCUUAACAAAUGUAUGUCUGUCUUGUGUAUAUGUGGUAACGUAUCCGUUCGGUGUACUUAUUUGUGCGUUUCGUAUUAUUUCGAUUGUAUAGACAACACGUGCCGUGCCAUUCAUUAUAGAGAGUGUAGAUAUAGACCUACUCAAAUAUAAAAAUGAUCAUGAGG